AUGUGCAGAUGGACGGCAUCCGUGGCUCAUCUCUGUCCUGAACCUGUCUGUGGCACCACCGCUGCUGCUGUCCCCACUGGGCUCUUUGUCCCUCUGCCCAAUGCAGCCUCUCUUACCCUGAUAUGCUUCACCUUGCUCCUUGUCACCGCUGGCAGUGUCACAGGAGCCUGUCCUCCUCCUCGUGCAGGACAUGAACCCCUUCAGGUCCUGGGAAGUGGCACCAACUGUUCCUGGACACUGGAGAGACACACUCGCAGUUAUAAUCAUUUGGAAGGUGACGUCAGACUACGGCGACUUUAUUCUGCCAACAAGUUCUUUCUCUGCAUUGACAAAACAGGAAAGGUGGAUGGCACUCGGAGAAAAAACUACGCUGACAGCUUGAUGGAAAUUCGAUCUGUCAGUGUGGGAGUUGUUGCCAUCAAGUCUGUCAGUAACGGGCUGUAUUUAGCUAUGUCCAAAAAAGGCACACUCUUUGGCUCGGUGAAGUACAGCCCAAGCUGCAAGUUUAAAGAGCGCAUUGAGGAAAAUGGCUACAACACAUACGCCUCGCUUCGCUGGAAACACGGUGGCAGACAGAUGUUUGUUUCUCUGAACGGACGAGGAAAACCACGGCGAGGUCACAAGGCUCGACGAAGACACCCGUCCACUCACUUUCUCCCGAUGCUUCCCUCCUAG